AUGGCAUGGAGGGAUGCGUGUGCAAAUAAGGGAGGUGGUGUGGUUUUAGUACCAUCAAUAGGGAGGUUCUUGGUUUUGCCCGUGUUGCUUCAAGGUCCUUGCAAUGGCCUCAUUCAACUGCAAAUUAAUGGUGAUCUCUUGGCUUCUUCGGACAAGGCUUUCGCCACAGGUUACUCUUGGUUCAAAUUCUAUCGAGUCACCAACUUGGUCAUCCAGGGUCUAGGCCGCUUCCUUGGCCAAGGUGAAACCGCUUGGCCUUACAAUACCUGCAAACAUGGGCCAUGCACUCGCCUUCCUAUUACUAUAAGUCUCCAAUCAAUCGAUAUUGUGAGGAUUACGAACAUAACAUCGUUAAAUAGCAAGCUCGGCCAUUUCAAAGUGCAUGGAUGCAAUGAUGUAGUGUUUGAUAACGUUACAGUGAUAGCACCAGAAGAUAGUCCUAACACGGAUGGCAUCCACAUUUCCAAGUCGACGGGUGUCACCAUCAUGAACUCAAUCAUCGCCACCGGAGACGAUUGCAUCUCAUUUGGCCCUGGAAGUAAGGACGUUAACAUAACUAAUGUUCAUUGUGGUCCUGGCCAUGGAAUUAGUAUCGGCAGUCUUGGAAAGUACCAAAAUGAACCAAAUAUCGAUGGAAUCACAGUACGAGACUCCAAAUUCGUUGGCACGAAAAAUGGUAUUCAGAUCAAAACAUGGUCAAAAUCAUAUUCAAGUGUGGUUAGCAACCUUACAUUUGUAAAUCUCAAAAUGUAUAAUGUUGAAAGCCCUAUCAUAAUCAAUCAAAACUACUGCCCGCACAAUGCUUGCAAUAACAAUAAAGUGAGCGUGUCAAGAAUACAAAUCAAAGACGUCAAGUAUGAAAACAUAAGGGGAACAUCAGCAAAACAAUUGGCAGUAACUUUGAAUUGCAGCCAAGUUGUUCCAUGCCAAGGUAUAGUGCUAAACAACAUCAACCUAGCCUUCAAUGGCACUGGCUCUUCAACUUCCAUUUGUCAAAACAUCAAGGGUUCUGCUUCUGGCCCUCAAUUACCUCCCUCUUGUCUUUAA